AUGGGUCGUGAAGUGAAAUUUGAAUUAACGAAGACGCGAGGAGCACCUCCAGAUGGCUUAUUCAAAUCAGCAAGCGCGACUGUCGUUUUCCCAGCACCUCCAGUACUGUCAGGCAAGCCCCUGCCUUGCCUCACCGCCUUCACUCCCCCGGGCACGCCGCAGCCGGGAUGCCCGGCUCGUUCAGCGCGCCCACGGCCCGGCCCUGGGGAGGAGGCACGCCUCGGGCCCCGGGGGAGGCCCACAGCUGGCACUCCUUUCCUUUUCGGCCUCCUCCCACCCUAUCCCCUCAAGGCCCAAAGGCGGCUGGGGCAGGGCGCCCGCGGCGGGAAGAUGGCCCCGGCCCGGGAUGCCGGCUGCACCUGCUGCCCCCGCGCCGGUCCCCCUGACGGCUCGCGUCUCCACAGAACUGACAGCGAGCGGGACCGGGCUCCACAAGAGGAGAGGCCUUGGCCACCUGCGAGGGCCCCUGAAGCCAGGGGCGGCCCAGAAACAGCGAGCUCCGAGAACGGCUGCAGCGCGCGACCAACCGCACGCCCGCUUCUUCCCUCUCAUGGCCCCUCGGGGACCACCCCCCGGGGCGGAUUGGCCGACGCCCGCCCCGCCCGCCCCCUCCACCCUUUCCCUUCCCCGCCGCGCUUCACGUUGGCCAGGAAAGCUCCGCCUACCUCACCUGCCUUCCUCUCGGUUGGACAAGCCCGUUGCCAAUCACGCCGCCCUCGGUACGCGUCCCCUCUCUUGCGUCCUCCCCAAGCUCUUACGCGAGGCCGGGGGGGAGUGGAGGGGUGA